GGGUGGAAACUUAUUGUAAACAGUUCAAAAAGUUUCCAAAAGUUACUUGGAGUAAUUUAUGACAUCAAAAUGUAGAACCAGUCAUUAAGCAAAUCACUCAACAAUGUACUUUCGUGAAAAUGGCUAUCCAAUUGCAAGGACUGGUUGCUUUUAAAUGUUCUCAGACAUGAGUUUUCAAGAUGGCAGAGUGUGAGGCAGUGUCAGAUAGAGAGGUUCUCCUUAACUACUAUAAUGAACUCCUCUCUCAGAACAAGAUCAAUGCCUGUAAACGUCGCAAGGUAUCCACAGAGGAGGCAGAGUCAUCUACCCUUGCCAACAACAGUCUCCUCUCUGCAGAGAUUAGAAAUACAGAAUCAUCAUUAGAUUCGCCAAGUUCUAGUCCUUCUACUGGGGAGCAAAGUGAUGCAGAACAGUCGCCCUCAAAGGUUGUCUCACCCAAUGAUUCUGCCACCACAAAUGAGGCCAUCCCUACAACCAACGUCAUCCCUCCCACUGAGGUUAUCAGCCCUACCAAAGUAAAGGUCACCCCUCCUUCUGAAGUCAUCAUUCCCACCGAAGUCAUUAGCUCAACUGAGGUUGUCAAUCCUGAAGAAGUCAUUGAUCUUUCUCCUAAAUCUGUGAACAGUCCCACAUCCCCAGCAACCUCCAUCUUACCCCCAACACCCACUACUCCAAUCUUACCGCCUACCCCUACAAGCCCACUGACUCCUAAUCCUCCUGCCACACCCUCUAGUGGCACAGAAAACACACUAGAAGAUCUCAGUGAAGCCCUCAAGGAUGCAACUCAGACUCCCACAAAUGAACAGGGUUCCUACCCCUGUCCUAAAUGUGACAAACAGUUUGCCUAUGUAGGGAAUCUAAAACGACAUAUUAAGAUGCACCAUGGAGAAUUUCGACCAUACAAAUGCUCAUUGUGUGUCAAAAGGUUCUGGGGAAAUGACAGUCUAGAGCAACAUUGUAAGCGAGUUCAUUCCAAAGAUAAGCCAUAUGCUUGUGCCCACUGUGAAAAGAAGUACUCUGUGUGUUAUGACCUUCAGAAACAUGUACGUAGUGUCCAUGGAAAGGACAUAGAUUGGGAGGUGACUGUGCCUAGUAAAUCCCCUGGGCCUGAAGAUACUGGAUCAGACAGGCGUAAAGUUACUGGAAUAACCACUGUACACCUCGGUCAGUUAAACCACAAGUGUAAAUUCUGCAACAGGGGUUUUGCCACAUUUAAUGGACUUGGUGUGCAUCUAAAAAUGCAUUUCCGUUGUAAAGUAUGUCAGAAAGGCUUUAACACAGAGGAAUCAUUGAGGACCCAUGUGGAGAAAGCACAACAUCAGGCAGGGGGUCUAGACCAGGAAUAUGUUUUAUAAUUCUAUAUUGGGUCUUUAAAACAUCAGUAUUAGAUAAUCAUGCUCACCCCAAACAUUCCAACAUAUAUUCAUCCAAUUUUUGUAUUGGAUCAUUUUCUAUGAAUUCACUGGAAGAAGGGUUUGGGUGUGUAUAUUAAGGUUGAGCUAUCCAGUAGAAAUCCUUUUUUUUUAUAUUUUAUCCAUGAUUACAUGUUUUAACAUGAAGGUUUUUUAUGUUUUGAUUUUUUUCUUUAAUUCUAGUGUUAACCAUAUACAUGGCUUUAAUUUUAAAUGUAGCUUUAACAAAUGCCUACGUUGUGUAUUAACAAGGGUAUGAUAUGUUGUAUACAUUGAAAUGUACUAGGAUAUUCUCGAUAGCAUUGAACACAGGACUUUUUACAAGCAUUGGUAGUAUAAUUUAUUAAGUCACGGAAGAAAAUAUUUUAUCUUUAUUUAUAUAUACCAGUAUAGUGCUUCAUUGUAUUUUUUACUUCAUUUUGAUAUUCAGAUCUUUUGUUUUAAGAGUUUAUAAAUUUUUGAGGUUUUGAAAAACAAAUCUUCUGGUUGGUAUAACAUAUAUA